UCAAUGAACUGAGCGAAACAGACGGGCUGGUCAAGCCGACUAUAGCAAGCGUCCGUGGGAUAUAAGCUGCUCACCCUAUUAUUUAUUCCCUUGUCUUAAAGAUUGGUCAAAGUGAGACUCUAUGACAGCACUGCUCCGUCUCUAUGGUUUAUAGAGCCAUAGAUACAACUUUACCCUCCUGGAUACACGAGAACGUAAGCAAUAGAAACGUUUGGUAGAAAUUUAUUCAUCUUUCAGUGGAUAUUCGUUUGUUAAGGAUGAUUUUUGCAAAUUCUGGCCACACGGUGAGGGCGUCGCAUAAUGGUAAACAGCCCCCUGUUGGCCCCGCCUUCCACCCGAUGGCUCCGCCCAGUCCUGGAACCAACAGCAGCACCAAUCACAGCAGCAGCAGCAGCACAGCCGGCUGGGAGCAGCUCAGUAAAACUAACCUCUACAUUCGUGGUUUACUGCCAACUACCACUGACCAUGACCUGGUCAAGCUCUGCCAGCCAUAUGGAAAAAUCGUAUCAACCAAGGCCAUCUUAGACAAAACCACGAACAAAUGCAAAGGUUAUGGCUUUGUAGACUUUGACAGCCCUGCUGCUGCUCAGAAAGCCGUCAGCGCUCUGAAGACCAGCGGAGUUCAGGCACAGAUGGCAAAGCAACAAGAGCAGGACCCCACUAACCUUUACAUAUCUAAUCUGCCGCUGACCAUGGACGAACAGGAGUUAGAGGCCAUGCUGAAGCCCUUCGGACAGGUCGUCUCCACACGCAUACUGCGGGACACCAACGGGGCCAGCCGAGGGGUUGGAUUUGCAAGGAUGGAGUCGACAGAGAAAUGUGAAGCUGUCAUCUCUCACUUCAAUGGGAAAUAUCUCAAAACACCAGCUGGAGUUAUGGCCCCAUCAGAACCCUUGCUGUGCAAGUUUGCGGACGGAGGCCAGAAGAAGCGUCUGAGUCAAAAUAAAUAUGGGCAGAACGGACGAGCCUGGGCCAGAGAUGGAGAGACCAGACUUACUGGAAUGACACUCACAUACGACCCAAACACAGCUGCUAUGCAAAAUGGAUUCUAUCCGACUGCCUACAGUAUUACAAACAGAAUGAUGACACAGACCCCACUUUCUCCCUACAUCUCUCCUAUGUCCACAUACCAGGUACAGAAUCCAUCCUGGGUCACCCAUCAGCCCUACAUCAUGCAGCAUCCGGGAGCAGUGUUAUCACCCUCUAUAGAUCACUCCAUGUCUCUGCAGCCCGCGUCCAUGAUGAAUCCUCUCACUCAGCAGAUGGGUCACCUCUCUCUGGGCAGCGCAGGAACGUAUAUGACAGCGAGUCCAGCUCUCCAGGGGCCGUACAUCCCUCAAUACUCUCACAUGCAGACCACCACCGUCUCAGUAGAGGAGAACAGUCCACAACCUCAGGUGGAAUCGUCCAGUGAUCAUUCACCGUAUACCUAUCAGCAGGCCAAGUGAUGAAGAGGUACUACAAAUCACAUCUCUACAUCCACACAUACAAGAGGUUCAUUUACAAGAAACUGCUUGAACAUUAAUGAAAUAA